AUGCUGCCCUGGAGAAGGAGCAAGUUUGUCCUGACGGAGGAGGAGACCAGAAGCAAGCCCAAGAGCCUGAGUGUGGGUGCGACCUACUGGUCCAUCAUCACGUCCCUGGUGCGCUCCUGCCCUGACCUGCUGCCUGAGCGCCCCUUCCGCCAGCUGGCCGGCGCCUUCCGCACCAGGCGGCGGAAAGUGGAGCUCAACAAGGAGGAGCCGGUCUACACCGUGCACUACCUGGGCAGCACCGUCACGCUCACCGCCAAGGGCGAGGGCUGCGCCGAGGAGGCGGUGGGCAAGAUCUGGAGCCGGAGCGACUACGGCGGGCACGGCACCCGCAUGAAGCUGAGCGUGGGGCCGCAGGGGCUGCGGCUGGGCCCCGGGGGCGACCGGGGCUCCAAGAGGCCGUGCCACAUCUUCCUGCUGCACCGCAUCACCUACUGUGCCCCCGAUGCCCGCCGGCCCAAGAUCCUGGCCUGGGUCUACCGGCACCAGGCGAAGAACAAGGCGGUGGUGCUGCGCUGCCAUGCUGCGCUCGUCUCCGGGUCCGAGAAGGCCCGGGCCGCCGCCCUCACCCUCAACCAGGCGUCCGCCUCUGCCUUCGGCGAGUUCAAGCGGCUGCAGAGGCAGAGCGAUGUCCGCCGCGCCCGGCGGCAGCUGCUGGGGGAGGAUGUCAUCCCGCCGGCGCCCCUGAGGAGGCUGCUAAACGGGCAGUGUCCCUACCGGCCUCCCGCUGACGCCCCCCACAGCGCCUCCCAGCUGGGUCCCAUUGCAGAGGAGGAGGAGGAGGAGGAGGAAGAAAAGGAGGAGGAGGAGAGCGGGGGCACCUCUCUGUCCGCUGGGGACGCGCAGGAAGCGGUAGAGGGACUGAGCUCCUUUAACACAAGGGACAACAGCAGCCACUCUGAGGGACCGUCCGUAGCCGGCUGA